AUGAUCCCCCCAGCUGAUGAGACCCUGGCCGUGUCCAGAAACUUCUUCUUACCGCCCACCAUCGGGGCUACCAGUACCCUUGAUGCGAAAAAGAUCCAGACGACAAAGCUCUUGCAAGAUGCGCACAUGUUACAACAGCUUGAACAGUCUUACCACAUAGACCAAUUCCUCAACAACCCAUCGCCGAUUGAUGAGACGACCAUCACCUUUGCGGACAACAUUACCCAGGCGCUGGGCGACGCGCUGCGAUCCACACCUUAUGAGUACCCUUCGUCGGAUGCUCCCGCAUUCAAGAGACCGCACCGUCGACCCAAGCGACUAUCGCGACACAACACUGCCUCUUCUGUAGGAGGAAGCUCGGUGUCCCACAAGUCGAAGCGCUGCUACCUGUGCGGCACGACUGAUACACCUCGCUGGCAAGAGUCUGGGCUUGGAAGUCGAUUGUUCUGCAAUGUUUGCGGACUGUUGCACGCCAAGAAAUUGACCAUGCGCAAGCAUCUUGCUCAGUCCAGUCGGGGCGAUACCAUGUCGACUACCGACAGCGCUUGGUCGUGA